AUGGAGAAGCUGGCACUCGACCUGAGGACAAACGACCACCGUUUGUCCGCGAUUUCGACCGAUCUACUCCUCGCGGAGCUUUCGAGACGCGAUGACGCGACAACAGAACGGCCGGUCUGCGGUUCGGGGGAGACUGGAUCCUAUGACACGGCCAUCCAUGUGUUUGCCCUCUUCCUGAUACUGACGGUGAGCACGCUGGCAUGUGGAUUCCCCCUCUUCUCCCAGCGCCUGAGCAAGGGCAGCAAACGCCAACGCACGAUCAUCUUCCUCUGCCAACACUUUGGGACGGGCGUCUUGAUGGCCACGGCCUUUGUCCACCUCCUCCCGACCGCUUUUACAUCCCUAACCGACCCAUGUCUCCCCGCCUUCUUCAGCACUGGCUACAAGCCACUCGCCGGCUUGAUUGCGAUGGUCGCGGCGUUCGUAGUAGUCGCAUUGGAGUCAUACUUGUCAACCCGAGGGGCGGGCCACUCGCACUCGCACCAUGCUUGGGGACCGGAGGAUGACGAGGACAGUGAUGAUAUCGGUGGUGAUGUGCACGGCCAUGGCCUCAAUGUCGGGCAACAUGCCCGACGGGGCCGGCCAACCAACAUAGCCCUGGAUGAUCUGGAGGCUACGGAGGGCCUGGUAUCGGGAGCAUCACCUUUGCCCGGCUCCACUCCUACCAUACCGCCGCCCCGGGAAAGCUUGUUAAAAGUUCAAAAGAGAAAUAGCAUCCAAGAGUCUGGGGAUGAUGACGAAGAUGGCCGGGAGUCUUUGGAGCUCGAGCUAAGCUUUGACGAGUUGAGACCUGGUUUGGGAACAAACCAGGAGCAGGACACUGGCCUAGGGCAUUCGUCCUUGCAGCAUAAACCAACACCGGAGGAACAGCAGCGCAUGAUGCUGCAAUGUGUGCUGCUUGAGGCGGGGAUUCUGUUCCACAGCGUGUUCAUUGGCAUGGCCCUGUCGGUUGCCACGGGCCCGACCUUUGCCGUCUUCCUGAUUGCUAUCUCGUUCCACCAAUGUUUCGAAGGCCUCGCUCUGGGCACCCGCAUUGCGGCUCUUCACUUCCCUCGCUCGUCCCCGCGUCCCUGGCUGAUGGUCCUCGCCUUUGGCGCGACCACACCGAUAGGUCAGGCCAUCGGUCUUUUUGUCCACCGCUUCUACGACCCGAUGAGCCAGACCGGCCUGCUCAUGGUUGGCUUCAUGAACGCGAUAUCUAGUGGGCUGUUGUUGUUCGCCGGCCUAGUGCAGCUACUGGCGGAGGACUUCUUAUCUGAAAAGAGCUAUCAGGUGCUCAAGGGCAGGCGGAGGGUGCAUGCCUUUUUAGCCGUCGUCGCGGGGGCGUUCUUAAUGGCGGCCGUAGGAGCGUUCGCAUGA